AUGCUUGAGAAGCUGCACGUCAUGCAGGAAGAACUUGGCUUGGACAUUCCGGAGGGAAUGACUGUUGAGGAAGAUGAAAAGGGAUUCCAGGCUCUGCAGUCGAAGAUUCUCAGCCAAAUUACGGAAACAAAAGAUAUGAUCGAAAAGCGUAAUGAAAUGACGGAGCGUGGUGCAAAUCGCAGGAAGGUAAUCGAGACGAACGCGGCCAUCUUUAAGAAGGUUAAGGACAUUGCAGCAAAUUAUGAAAGUUUGAAAGAAAGAUAUGAAAAGGACCGGAAAAAGCGUAUUGACCGUCUCGAAGCUCUCGAAGCGAUCCAGUCGCAGAUCAAGCAGAUCCAGGAGAAGAGCGAUGAGGGACAGAAGGCCAUGGCGCUCGACACGACCAUAGGCUUUGCCGAGAGCACAACCUUCGCAAUUAAGAAGGUGGAAGCCCCUCCCGCUCCGGGAACCACCUCGACGCAGACCCAGAAGAAAGAGUUAUUCGGCGAAGUGGACGUGGCCACGGGCGGAGGCGGCGGUCCGGACCUCACGGACGCGCAGCAGCAAGGCCUGGUGCAGAUCGAGAAGAACCAGCAGGAAGUGGACGAAAUUCUGGAGCUGAUCAGCGCGGGAAUCGACGAUCUGCACGGCAUGGCGCAGGGCAUGAACGACGAAAUCGCGAAGCAGAACAAGAUGCUGGACGAGCUGGAGACGACGGUGGACAAAACGAACGAACACAUGGAGAAAGUGCAGAAGAAAAUGCACGAGACGCUGGAGAAGACGCGAGGCGGCGAUAAGUUCUGCAUGGAUAUGGUGCUGAUUUUUAUCAUCGUGGCGGUCGGCAUGCUUAUUGUGAAAUUAGUUCGAUAA